AUGGCUAAUAGUUCUAAAAAAACUAUUGAAGAGUUUUUAGAUGAAAGUUUUGAAGAUGAAUCAGACAUAUCGAAUGUGUAUGAUUCUGAUGCCGACCCGGAAUAUCGACCAGGUGAGAAUAAUACUAAUAUUAAUUUUACUGGGCCAUCACAAAGCUUAGAAACAAGUGCAGACGAUCCAUCAGCCGAUGAAUCGUUUUCCGAAAGUUCGAGUGAUAGCAGCGAUGAUGAACCUGUUGAUAAUAGUAAUUUAUGGGUGAACAACUAUUUAGACAUUCUAGACUUUGGUUUUAAUAGUGAUUCGAUAGGAAUAAAAUUAGAAAUAAAUGAAAGUGCUCGUAAUAAUCCAAUUGAAAUUUUUAAACAAAUUUGGACCGACGAAAUAAUUGAAAUCUUUGUAUCUUCUAUUAAUAAAUAUAGUGAAAAUAUGAGUCUCCAAUGUCGUCCUCACAAUAAAGGAAGUAGAAAUACACAUUUUAAGCGAACAACCUCUGAAGAAGUACAACAUUUUUUGGCAGUGUGUUUGCUUGGAGGUUCCAUAAAAUUUUCGGUUGUUAGAGAUAUGUUCUCUAAUAACCCAUUAUAUUAUCAUCCUAUUGCUGGUCACAUUAUGUCAGGACGGAGAUUUGAGAAAUUGUGUAGAUGUUUUAGUGUAGAAUAUGCAAAUGAUACAAAUCCAUUAGUAGGCCCCAUGAAAAAACUUUAUCCAGUAUUCGACAUGUUAAUUCAAAACUUUCAAAAGUCAUAUUUUCCCGAUGAAAAUCUAUCAUUGGACGAGUCAUUGUUAUUACAUCGAGGUAGAUUAGUAUGGCGACAAUAUAUAAAAGGAAAAAAGGCUAAAUAUGGUAUAAAAUUCUACGAGCUAUGUACUCAUGAUGGUUACGUUUUGAAUGUCGAUAUGUACAAAGGCAAACAAACAUCGUCAGCAGUUGAGGAGGGAGUAUCAAAAAAAAAAAAAACCCAUACAACUGGUACUCUAAGGUCCAAUCGCAGAGGAAACCCAAAGGAAGUAACCACUAAAAAAUUAAAACGUGGUGAUCAUAUUUGGAGACGUAACAAAAAUGUUUACGUUUCCAAAUGGAAAGAUAAGCGCGAUGUUUUAUGUUUAACUACUAAAAAUCAUCCAAAAAUGAUACCUUCAAAAAACAAAUACGGCAUACUCAAAAAUAAACCAGCAGAAAUAGUGGACUAUAACAACUGCAUGAGUGGCAUUGACCGCAGUGAUCAAAUGGUCAGCUAUUACUCAUCUCCAAGAAAAUCGGCUAGAUGGUAUAAGAAAGACUUCCAGUGCAAACUACAGCAACAGAUCUGUUUAAAAUUAAAAAAAACGACAAUUCAAGCACCUGAAAACAAUCACUAUGCAGAAAAAAUUCCAGUACCAAAAAAUUAUAAAAGACAAACAUACUUUAAAAAUUGCAUUCAGUGUUACAAAACUAAAAUACGAAAACAAACAUCAUUUCAAUGUAAAGUCUGUGGUAAACCUCUUUGUCCCGGGAAAUGUUUUGAAGAAUGGCACAAUCAUAAUCAAUGA